CAGUAUCGCUUGGUUAGCAGGACACUAGAUGGCGCGCGCUCGCUUCUUUCCCGCUCGCAAGCACUGAGGUGAAUCUGAGGAAAACGGAUUAUAGUUUUUAUUCUCUAAAUUUUCAAUGUUUCCUGUCAGAAUUUCGGCUGUAUCUGAAAAAUGAGAAUAGGUCGUUUCGUGUCUAAUCUUCUUGUGGUAAAUAAGUUAUUGAGCGAAGGAAAAUAAUAUGAAGUGUAUCAUUGAAGGGAAUGGCAUUAAAGUAUUUGGAAAAGCAGUUCAUGCUCUGUCAAAAAUUGGUGAAGAAAUAUGGUUGGAUCCACUGGAGGAAGGGUUGGCUGUAAGGACAGUCAACUCAUCUCAAUCGGCUUAUGCCUGUUUCUACUUCACUCCUCUGUUCUUCCAGAAGUAUAUUCCAGAUCCAGACACCCAGAAAGACGGUGAUGCUGUAAAAUGUAAACUAAACAUAAAGUGCGUUCUUCCCCUGUUCCGCUGCGUUGGGUGGAGAGAGCGAAGUAUGGAUAGAUGUGAGAUAACCAUCAACAUCCCAGACUGCAGGGUGAUAUUUCAGUUUCACUGCAGACACGGAAUAACUAAGACUCAUAAUUUGGGAUAUCAGGAAUGUGAAGCUUUGCAGGCUGUGUUCCCAGCUCACCUCUGUCCAAAUGUCCUGAAGGCCCAGUCCAAACUUUUAGGCGACAUUGUGGUGCAUUUCCCGACUUCACAAGAAGAGGUCACCCUUUCCAUUUCCUCUUACAAAGUAGCAUUGAAGACCUUUUAUGAGGAAGAAAAUGGUUGUAUUAAAGGCAUGAACACAGAGCUGAUGCUGCACCCAGACGAGUUCGACUAUUUUCAGGUUGGAGAGGAUUCAGCCGUGACCUUUUGCCUAAAAGAACUGAGGGGGCUGCUGUCCUUUGCUGAGUCUUAUGGUCUACCAAUAUCUUGUCAGUUUGGUAUUCCUGGACAGCCUGUAUCCUUCACUGUAAAAGACAUGACGCUGGAGGCCCAUGUUGUGCUGUCCACCUUAACGGAUCCAAACUACGAAAGUCCAUCUCAACCUGCACCUGGGGAUGACUGUCCAGUUACACUCCCAAAGACCUCCACAGCUGAAGUCUCCACAAGUGAAGACCCCAUGGAGGCAGAGAUGUGCAUCGCUGAAGUCUACACAAGUGAAGGCCCCAUGGAAGCAGAAGUGAGCAUUGCUGAUGGAGAACGUGUGGCCUCCAGCCAGGGCAGUGAAGUGUUCAAUCCAGCCCUUCAUAUGAAGAAGAUGAUUCAGCUUCAUGCAUCUGGAGAGAUCCUGCCAAGACCCAUGUUUGUGCCUGAAUCGGCCUUGACUACACCAAUAACACCAGCUACAUUUAAGAUGCGCUCCCUGCUCUUCGGGGCUGUACUGAGUGACGGAGGGGACGGUAACACUGCAGAUUUGCCCAGCCUGGUUUGUGGCAGUGACACAGAGGAGGACGGAGGAUCAGAGGAGAGACAGGUAGCACCUUCAGAUAAUCUGAAGCAGAGAAUGCAUGGACGUUACUGCAGGAUGUAGCCUACAUAAACUCAGUCUAUUACAAAGACAAAACAGCAUAUGGAUUGAUUCAAAGUUUAAUAUUAAUUUGGAAGAGCUACAGCAGUGAAGGCCUUUUAAUCCUCAUUAGUACACAACUUUUAUUAUUUUAUUAAUGUGGUUAAAACUAAAGUUGUAUGUUUCUGUUCUGACAUGAACAUCUUUGUAAUGUUUUAUACAUACUGUGUGUGUUCAAACUGUUCUUGGAGAGAUAAAAAGAAAAUGGUGUGACAACAGUAAAGUUUGAGAGAAGCAGAGAGGC